CUCAUGCAGAUGUGCUGUGGCCAGAUAGAUAUUCAGAACAACCUUCCAUAAGGAAAAAGUGCUAGAACAACCUAAAACCUCAAAACCCCAGCGGCGACGGACGGAGGGAGGGAGGGAGCGAGGAGAGCUCCGAUGGCGCCGAAGCGGAAGCCGGCGGAGCCGCCGAGGGACGCCGAGGGGAUAUUCCGCGGCGUCUCCGCCUUCUUCGUGCCCCACGGCGUGCAGUCCCGCCGCCUCGAGGUGUGGAAGCAGAAGCUGGUGCAGAUGGGGGGCCGGCUCGAGAAGAAGGACGCCGACGCCAAGGGCGCCAGGAUCAACCACGUGCUCGCCGCCGACGCCAAGGCGCUGCUCCGGGAGCUCACCGCCGACUGGCUCCACCGUUUCCAGGGGAGUGUUGUGUCCUUCGAUUGGCUGGAGGAAUGCCUCAAGUCUGGCGAGAGGCUGCCCGAGCACAAGUUCACCAUCAACUACGAAGAGGAAUUUAAACCCAAAAAGGCAGCUGGUGCCGGAGGUACAGGCGCGUCCAAUCCCGCGAAGAGGAGCAAAAUGUCAUCCGAGGAUCCUGAGAAUCACAAAGGAACUGGUGGACAGGGUGUGAAGAAAGAGCUAGCUACCGGAGAGCAUCAAGACGCCAGUACACAUGUGCAUGAUGGUUCUGGUGUCCAAAAGGGGCCUGGCCAGCUUGCACAUAGCCAGACUAGCUCUGGGGAUACCAAGGACACCGUAGGGUCUCUUGAUAUUGAGGAAGCUUCUUCUGGGGAACCCACAACAUAUGCUCCACCAGACCUCAACAGGAACAUCACUGAGAUUUUCGGAAAACUUAUCAACAUAUAUAGAGCCAUGGGAGAUGACCGGAGAUCAUUUAGCUAUUACAAGGCCAUUCCCGUAAUUGAGAAACUGCCAUUCAAAAUAGAAAGUGGCGACCAAGUUAAAAACCUCCCCACCAUUGGGAAAUCUUUGAAAGACCAUAUUAAUGAAAUAGUGACAACAGGGAAGCUUUCCAAACUGGAACACUUUGAGAAUGAUGAAAAGGUACGGACUGUCAGCCUAUUCGGUGAAGUUUGGGGUGUUGGUCCUGCAACUGCUCUUAAGUUAUAUGAUAAAGGACACCGUACUCUUGAUGACCUUCGGAAAGAUGACUCACUUACAUAUGCUCAAAGGACUGGCUUAAAAUUCUUUGAUGAUAUCAGACAAAGAAUCCCUCGGCAUGAGGUCAGUGAGAUGGAGAAGCUUUUGCAAGAUGUUGGGAAGGAUAUCUUGCCUGGAGUGAUAAUUGUAUGCGGAGGAUCAUACAGACGUGGAAAAUCAUCUUGCGGCGACAUGGAUAUUGUAAUUACUCAUGAUGAUGGUAAAAGUCAUGUAGGUUUCCUGCCGAAGUUUGUUCAGAGGCUGAAGGACAUUAAUUUUUUAAGGGAGGAUCUUAUCUUCAGCAUAAACAGUAUUGAGGGAACUGACAGCGGGGUUGACACAUAUUUCGGUCUUUGCACAUAUCCUGGACGUGAGCUGCGGCAUCGCAUUGAUCUCAAGGUAUACCCAAGGAACAGGUAUGCAUCUGGGCUGCUAGCCUGGACUGGAAAUGAUGUUCUAAAUCGACGAUUGAGAAUACUAGCAGAAUCCAAGGGCUACGUGCUUGAUGACACUGGUUUGUAUCUUGCUACACAGAGCAGUGGUGGAAAGCGCGCGGGGAGAUCAGAAGCUAUAGUUAACUGCCACGAGGAGAAGGAUGUGUUCGACACACUCGGGUUCCCGUACUUGGAGCCUCAUGAACGAAAUCUAUAGCUCUGAAGAAGAAUGUAGCUUUCCCAGACCUGUGUAGUUUUGUUCUCCUUUGUACCACAGGCCCACUGGUAGCUGUUUCCAAACCUGUGUGCAGCAAACGUAGAUUUGCGGGAUCGUAUAUAUUUUGUUGUUCUGUGUUGUAUUGUAGAUCAGUAGCUGGAAUGUUCGUCGUGGCACAUGAAUCUAGGGACAAGUCUGUAACUAUUUUGUUAUACACAACCGCUUUGCCUUCACAAUGGACACUUGUGAUUUCUCUU